UAAUAUCUCUGUUGUAUUUUGACGUAUCUUUGUGUUUUCGGUGUAUGGUCACACUGCUGAAAGAUUUAUUCUUAGGUGUAUUUUUGACGGCGGAUAAAGCGGAUCGCUCGCCUCUCGCGUUGUCAAUUUGUUUACAAUAAAACUAAAUGAAACGAAAAUAUAAAUAAUUAUUUAUUGAAAACGUGCUGCCAAAGGUUGGUAAUGCAAAUGUAACUCGUGUGUGUGCUUGUGCGAAAAGUGUGUUAAGCACACAAAGAUCUAAGUAAAGUGUCUUGUGAGCGUGUGUAGGUGUGUGCUCGGAUUCUGCUCAGUUUGCCCCAAAAACCAAAACAACAAAUAAGCUAUAAACCAACGGGAUCAAAAGCAAAGCAGCGACGUCGGCAGCAGCAGUAGCAGAACGUCGACGCUUUUAUUGUCGACAGGAAAAGUCAACACCUUAUAAGAUGUCAAACUUGAACUUCUAUGAACUGCUUAAUGCGAACGCAACGGCAACAUUUGAAGAGCUUAAGCGCAAUUAUAAACAAUUAAUACUACGAUGUCAUCCCGAUAAAUUACAACAACAAGCUGUAGAUGUAGCUGUAAAUGUAACCACGAACGAGAGCGAACCAAAUCGGCAGAGCGACAGCAAUUUCAAUGCGAUAAAUGAAGCCUGGAAUACGCUUAAAGAUCCCAUAAAGCGUAAACACUAUGAUGCCGAAUUAUUGCAGUCGAAGUUUGAAACACACAAUAAUAUCUAUGCCACUAUAACGUUAAACGACAUGCACAGCACUCGAGUCGAAAUGGUUGAAGAUGACGAGGAGGGGGAUGAGAAUGAAACCGACGCAGACAAAGAGUCGGCGACAACAACAACAAAGUGGAGCUCGGCCUAUGCGUACAAUUGUCGCUGCGGCGGACAAUACGUGCUGCUGGACGAUGAGUCACAAAGAGAGCAGCAGCUGAGGGCAAGUGAAAUGAUUGUCGAGUGCAGUGAAUGUUCUCUAGUGAUAAUUGUGAAACCAGACGCGAAUAUAUCAUAAAACUGUAAUGCCCAUACAUUUGUAUGUAAUAAAUUGUAA